AUGAGCGGACGGCCGUAUGCGCGCAACCCGCGCGCUCCGCACACAGGACUGAGCGACCUCGAGGCGAUUCUGCCGCACACAUUUCGUCUCCAAACGUCCCGUCGAUCGCGGGAUGCAAAAUAUCGCGCGGUGGUCGCGACCGCUAUUCGCCGUCAGUGCAGGCAAAAGAACUGGCGCAAGAUGAUUAGCGCCCGACAGAGGAGACAGGAUGGAGAAGUAGUGGCUGUAAACGAUGGACAAGUGCGUCAGACAGAGGCGGAGUAG